AUGCUAGAACUUUUCUCGGGAACAGGCUCGGUGGGUAGGGCCUUCCACGAGCUGCUGGGAAGUCACCAGCGUGGACGUGGAUCCCAGUGCCAACCCCGCCAUACGCCAAGACGUUUGCUCUUGGAGCCCGGAGUUUCUGGUCACUUUGAUUUCAUCUGGGCUUUCCCCGUUUGCACGGAGUACAGUCGAGCGCUCACGCGUAGGCCCAGGCGACUGGAAGUGGCCGACAGGCUCGUGCUGCGAACGCUCGAGCUGAUCCAACAGCUGGAGCCUAAGUUUUGGGCAAUAGAGAACCCAGGCACGGGUUUGUUGAAGCACCGGCUUUUCAUGGCUGGCCUGCCGUGGGUCGACGUGACUUACUGCAUGUACGGUUAUCAGUACCGCAAGCUCACGAGGAUCUGGAACAAUCUGAAUUGGACGCCUUCGAGGCCAGUCUGCGCCAAGGGUACAGACCUGCUCUAUGCCAGUGGUGCCGCCAACGAAGGUGAGCCAGGCGGGCGAAGACACCAACCCCGGGUCCGCUUGAAUGGUGGAUGCGGUGAAAACGGUGCCGUCCAGGUACAUGCCCGUGGUGCCACCGCGGAUCGUCAGAAAAGUGUCCGAGGGUCUGGCCCGCACUGUUGGAGCCCGAAGCUCUGUGUUGAGUUCAAUGCUGGCUCCGGUCAUGGUUCCCUGUAG